UACUCUCGGCAUAUUGUCGGCUUGUAAACAUCGUUGCUGAUGAAUCCGUGAUCUGUGCCAACGAAAAAGUACUUCAUUGUUAUUAAAAUUAGUGCCACAGUUAACAGACAAUAAAUAUGGGUGUAAAUCGGAGUCCUUCACCCAAUCGGUCACGAUCUGCGAGUGCUGAAUCAAACAGAUCUGCACAUUCUAAUGCUAGUGCAGGUUCAGGAUCGAGAUCUCGCUCACGUAGCCGAUCGCGCUCCGGGUCUGGCAGUCCAGCCACAAACAGAUCAAGAUCUCAGUCAAGAUCAAGAUCCAGAUCGGGAAGUGCUGGCAGUAGAAGAUCAAGUGCACAUUCGGGAAGAAGCGGAUCAAAAUCACCUUCACAACAUAGUGGAAGUAGGAGUAGAAGUGGCAGCAGGUCGAGAAGUGCUGGGUCAAAUGUUAGCAGAGCAUCAAAUCAGUCCAGAUCAAGAUCUAGGAGUCGUUCUAGAUCCCGAUCACGCUCUGGUAGCGCUCAUUCUAAUAGAAGCAAUCACAGUGGACAAUCUGCAAGAAGUGGGUCUAGGAGUCCAAGAAGUCAAAGAAGUAGGAGUAGAAGCAGGUCAAAAUCAGCCGCAUCAAGAAGUAGAUCACGCUCAAACACACCGAAUGAUGCUUCCACAAAAAAUAAAUCACCAGCAAAAGGUUCCGACAGCGAAAACGAAGACAAAGGCGCUGACGCUGCGGAUUUAUUCGGCGACGCAGAUGAUAUCAGCUCAGAUGAAGACAAAGCAAAGGAAGCCGCACCAGCCAGAGACGAAAGAAGUGACGAUGAAGAAGCUAGACCCGAGCCAAUGCAACAAGAUGACCGCUCGGAUAGAUCCGCAGAUGAAGAAGACACAGAGAAGAAAGAUGAAGAAAAAGAAGAGGAACAAGAAGUCGCCCCGGAGACAAGAAUCGACGUGAAAAUACCGAAGAUAUCCUGUGAUCUAGGCAAAGAAAUUCAUUUCGUUAAACUACCGAACUUCUUAUCCGUUGAAACGCGUCCAUUUGAUCCAGACACAUACGAAGAUGAAAUCGACGAGGAAGAAACACUGGAUGAGGAAGGCCGGGCUCGAUUGAAGCUAAAAGUUGAGAACACCAUUCGAUGGCGUGAGGAUAUCAACAAAGAAGGCGAUACAAUAAAACAAUCGAACGCGCGAUUAGUUCGUUGGUCGGACGGGUCGCUAAGUUUACAUCUAGGCUCGGAAAUAUUCGAUGUUUAUAAACAAAAAUUGCAGUAA